AUGGCUGUCUUGUGCAACACUGUCCUCCCCAAAGCUCUGUCUUUCAUUAUUUCUCAUCCAAGUUUUGUGCCGUUUGUUGCUCUUCAAGGGCGCCCUGCUCCGGCCAUGGAUGCAGAGAAUGCUUCUGUGCCAUCAGAUACGCCUACCAACCUUGGAGGGCAAUCAGUCCUCAGUUCUACAUUGUUUCACCAUGGACGGCCAGAAUGGGAGGACGUCAAGAUUGUAUGUCGAAAACUGUUGGAAAAGGGUUUGGACGAUCACAUCGAAGCCGACUGCGAGAGUAUCCUCAGAUACAUCAAGUCUCUCUUUCACAAGGACUGCGGUCCCCUUACUGGCCCCUUUUGGAACCCGCAUCACAUUGAGGACAUCUUCAAAGCUACAGUCAAGCACGCCAAACAGCAACAGCAGGGGAAGGACAAGGUUAUUCUGUCACGAGACUCUUUCGAGGCAGUAGUCCCGACGCCCCAUCACUGGUACUCCCUUGCCUUGGGCAGAGCCAAGUCCAAGAUGGAUCAAGCAGCUCACUUGGGUCUUGGGCAUAUGUAG